AUGAUUGUGGACUUCAGGAAGAGCACUGUCCCCCUGCCCCCACCCUCCGUGAUGGACUCCCCCAUCACCUCUGUGGAGUCCUUUCGUUUCCUGGGCACCACCAUCACCCAGGACCUCAAGUGGGAGCCGACCAUCAGCUCCCUCAUCAAGAAGGCCCAGCAGAGGAUGUACUUCCUGCGGCAGCUCAGGAAAGCCAAGCUGCCUGCACAGAUGUUGGUGCAGUUCUACACGGCCAUCAUCGAGUCCAUCCUCACCUCCUCCAUCACCGUGUGGUUCGCUGGAGCCACAGUCAGGGACAGAGACUACAGCGGAGUGUGCGCUCUGCAGAGGAAGUGA